UGUUGUGUAAAAUGUAUUUAUGUAUAACAGCAAAGUGGAUGAUUCAUGCUUGUACAAUCUAUGUUAUGUAUUGAACCGUCUCUUUGUGUGAACUGUUUGAAAAUAAUAGAAUUUUGUCAUAAAAUGUUCAGAUAUGAACGCACAGAAUGUCCUAAAUGCUCACCAUAAUGUAGUCAGUUAAUUGCUGAAUAUUUUAAAAUUUCGGUUUAAGCGGUUCGCAUCACAUGAAUUGCAUCUAAUGUGGGUGUUAGUGCGAUCUAGCAAGGUAUUGUUAAUAAGCGUGGAACCACUGGUAAAUUGAUGGCGGGAUCAGUCAUUGAAUGGGGACGUUUCUUACUUGUGGGAGAAGUGCUAUGGUGAAAAUUUGGAGGGGUAGAAAACAGGUGGUAGGUUAAAUUUGGAGAAGGGAAGACACGAGAGGAAGUCAAAAUAAUUGAAUAUACUAGAAAGCUCACGGUUGUGAGUGGCGAGGAAAAGCAGACAAUUUUCUAAUAGCAAUCACAGAAAUGCAGCGUUUAUCAUUUCAUCAACUAGUUGAGCUGUACAGUAACGUAGAUGACAUCACUGCACCAGGAAUUAUUAUUUUAAUAGAAAUUAAGCCAAAGGUUAAAAAAACGCUCAAGCCCAUUUAUUUGCUAUUAUGAUUUAAGUAACAGAUAACAGACACGAUACUGAUUGUGUAUUCAAACAUUCGCCUGUAAAUACUUAAUACAUUUUAAACAAAUUUCCAAACUUCUUACUGUUGCAAAUUCCACAAGGACAAGAAGAUGGGUGAGUGGGGAGAGAAUGGACGACCAGUCAGUGAAGGCAUGAAAUGUAAAAGUUACCUCCGCUUUCUGGUCGAAACAGCAGCUACGCGGAGUUUAGAUCACCUUUAUGCGUUAAGCUUUCGGCUGCGCACUAAACAAACUUCCUUUCCUUUUAAAUGGCAUCUCCUCUCCGGUAUGAUAUUAACUUAAAUUUCCAACAUGGUAGGUGAGGUUGUUGUUGAACAGCCCGUUGUUGUCAUGUCCCCGCAGUGCCGGUAGUGGUGCUGUAAGGAGAGUCUGCUGAUGACUGAACUAAAAACCCCAGCAGCUCUUUCCUGCUAAAUUCUGUUGGAGAUAAACUACAUUUAGAUGCAUCAAGGAAUCAAACUAAAUGAUAUCCCGGUAGUGAAACGGAAUUCUAUGUUAAAAAUAACGAAUAUCAGUGCAUAAUUAGUCCGGUUGAUUAUAAUAAGCCUUUACGGACUCUAUCCGGAGUGUACACCGUGCAUAGCACAUACCAAUUGAAGGUAAGCGGAUCUGUUGUAAAGCCUGGGGCUCGAGUGGAAGAAGAACCCGAGGUACUGUGGAAGACGAGGCCGUCGCCGCUGCUACCCGAGGCCGGGGGAUUACAAGCUGAUGUUCUCAAGGACAAGAGUCACGUGAUGUAUGAAGGCAAACACAUACACUUCUCUGAGGUGGACAACAAGCCGUUGUGCUCAUACAGCCCGAAGCUGUGCAAGCAGCGACGACUCAACGGCUAUGCCUUCUGUAUCCGCCACGUCCUGGAGGACAAGACCGCCCCCUUCAAGCAAUGUGAAUAUGUGGCCAAGUACAACAGCCAACGUUGCACCAAUCCCAUCCCCAAGUCAGAAGACCGCAGAUACUGUAACAGCCACCUGCAGGUGCUGGGGUUCAUCCCCAAGAAGGAGCGCAAGAAGAAGCACGACGCGCUGGAGGAGAUGCGCUCGCGGCCCCACCUGGAGUCCGUGGCCCUCAACAUCACGGUGCCCUCGCUGGCCCUGAAGACGCCCAACGGGCUAGACGAGCGGCCGGCCUCGCCCCCGCGGGCGGGCCUGCUGAGGCUGUCGGAGGUGGAGCUGCUGGACCCCUUCGCCUUCCAGGAGGACGAGGCGGACGGGGAGGAGGGCGCCGCCCGGAAGGGUUCGGCCGUCAGGAAGAAGCUGCAGAGCCGGCUGGCGCUGAACCAGGCGCUGCGGCUGCGCGAGGCCGACCUCCUCCCCAAAGCGCCGCCGCCGCCGCCGCCGGAGCACCUCAGCCCCCCGCCCGCCCCCAGCCUGCGGCCGCCGCCCCCCUCGCCCACGCGGGCCCGCCCCCACCUCGCCCCCCAGCAGCAGCAGCAGCAGCCGGCGGCGGCGAUCCUCCCGCAGGCCCAGCGCCCCUACCUGCCCCCCGCCUGCCCCCCCUCACUGCAGCAGGGUUUAAUAUGCAAGCCAGCACCACCUCAGACCGGCGUCCCGCCCCCUCCCGGGCUGCCGCCCGGCGCUGCCCACGGCCCGGCACAGUCCGCCGCCGGUCCCUCUCUCGGCAGGAAGGCCCCGCCCCCGGUCCCGCCCAGCCCGGGCGGGGCCUGGGAGGGCCCGCAGCGCGCGGUGAUCAUGCGCGCCGCCGCGUUCGCGCCCCCGCCCGCCUGCUUGGCGCGGCUGCAGCGCCUGGUGCAGCUCUGCUCUCAGCGACAGCAGCAACACGGAGACCUCUUCCCUCACCUAGGGCUGGACUGGUCUGAAGACAGUGCGGAGGAUGAGGACGAAAUGGAAAGAGUUCCUCCCUAUCAGUAUUCCUGUAGGCUUCAGGAAAGAUGCUUACAGGACAACUCGGACGAAGAGGCCGACGGCUCGCGCAGCACCAGGCUGGCCCGCCUGUGCUCGUACCUGCAGCAGAAGUACAAGCACCUGUGCAGGCAGGAGCGGGCGGCCAUGCGCCAGAAGAGAUACCGCUAUGCCUUCCGCAAAGCCCUGCUGCGCGCGGCCAGCAAGGACCCCGACUGCACCGGCCAGCUGAUCCAGGAACUGCACAGGGCUUCCCAGACGCCUUCCAGCGCACAGUCAGCAGUGCAGCGGGACGCGGAGUCUGGGCUCUGCACGGGACACACUAAAGGCCAGGCCUGCGGGAGUCGAGCGCUGCCUUUCACCCGACACUGCUUCCAGCACAUCCUGCUGAACCGCUCCCAGCAGCUCUUCACCAGCUGCACCGCCAAGUUCGCCGACGGGCAGCAGUGCGCCAUCCCCGUGUUCGACAUCACGCACCAGACGCCCCUCUGUGACGAGCAUGCCAAAAAAAUGGAUAAUUUCCUUCGCGGGGACAGCAACCGCAGGGUGCAGCAGCACCACCAGCAGCAGCAGCACCACCAGCAGCAGCAGCAGCAUCAGCAGCAGCAGCAGCAGCAGCGCAAGCCGCGCAAGAAGACCAAACCGCCGGCGCUCACCAAGAAACACAAGAAGAAGCGGAGGAGAGGCCCGCGGCGGCCGCAGAAGCCCAUCCCGCCCGCCCUGCCGCAGGGCAACCUGGGCAUGCCCUCCAGCCUGGCGCUGCCCUCCCAGAGCGCCAGCAUCAGGAGUCCUUCGACCCCAGACCUGAGUACAGACGAGCUUCCCGACGACAUCACCAAUGACAUCACAGACAUUCCGAACGACCUGGAGCUCAACCAGGAGGAUUUCUCGGACGUGCUGCCCAGGCUUCCAGACGACCUGCAGGACUUCGAUCUGUUUGAAGGUAAGAACGGAGAGCUGCUGCCCACCACAGAGGAAGCGGAGGAGCUGGUGCGGGCGCUGCAGGCCAUGAGCUCCUACACGGACUCCUUGGUGUGCCUGAGCUCCAUGGGGGAGCUGACGCAGUCGGACGCGGUGGACCACCGCACCAUGGCCGUGUUCUCGGGGCCCGGGGUCCAGGGCGGGGCCAUGGGGGACCUGCUGAACGGCCGCAUCCCCGCCGAGAACUUCUCCAGCCUGGAGCUGGACGAGAACCUGCUGCACCCCGCGGGGGAGCACUUCCCCCCCGCCCCGUCGCCCCACACGCCCGCCCCUGCCCCGCCGCCUCUCCCCCCCUCCUCCUCCGCGGCCACCCUCCUCGCGCAGGGCGCCAUGGCAGAGCCGCCCUUCCCGCGGACGCACCCCUCCCACCUCCUGGCCAAGCCGGAGGUGCCCGCCUCCUCUCCACACGGCAGCCACUACAGCAGCGAGCACGUGCCCUCGCCCUACAGCGACCACAUCUCCUCCCCCCACGCCGCCGCCGCCUCCUUCCAGACCGACUCGCCCCUGCUGCUGGAGGUCCCCCUGGGCGGGGUGCCCCCCCGCUCCCCCUGGAACAGCCUCCCGCUCCCCCUGACGGACCCGGCGCAGUUCGGCAACCUGGUGGGCCCCGAGGGCCACCUGCUGUCCACGUCGCUGUCCACGCCCCCCUCCAGCGCCGCGCACUCCCUCACCCUGCGGCCCACCGCCGCCCUCUCGGCGCUCCCCCAGGGGGCGCUGACGGGGCUGGCCCUGCCCCCCGCCUCCACCUCCACCUCCUCCCCGCCCUCCUCCUCCUCCAUCUCCGUCUCCUCCUCCUCGGCGUCCUCGGCCCCCCUGGAGCUCCUGGCCUCGGGCCAGCCCAAGCAGCAGCUGCCCCAGUUCAGCGCCGCCUUCGGCCACCAGCUGGCCGCGCACAGCGGCAUCCCCAAGGACGUGCAGCCCAGCCACAGCUCCACGGCGCCCCCCUCAGGCUUCUCCAUCGCCAGCGCCACGGCCGCCAGCGCCAACAGCGCCAUGCCCCCCUUCACCACGCAGUGACCUCCGAGAUCCUUCUCGCGGUAAAUCCUGGGAUUUGGCUCCUCUCCCGCCCCUCACUUUCCGCCAUCUUCCCCCCCAGCCCGGGCACUUCUGCACUGCGGUUUGAGCGGUCAUGGAUGCCGAUGUCUCUCAAGGCACCGCCCAGUCUGGCAGCUCAGCUCCACCCAUUCAUCUGCGGCUGUGGCUCACCUAUAGGGGCCACCUGCAGUGGGGUGGAGUAUUUGUUGGGGAGGUGGUCGUCGUGGGGUGGAGCUCGUGUAGGGGGAAGGGCUUGUCGUGGGGGUGAGGUUUGCGUUGGGGCGGGGCUCGUCGUGUGGGGUGAGGUUUGCGUUGGGGGAGGGGCUUGUCGUGGGGGUGGAGUUUGUGUUGGGGGAGGGGCUUGUCGUGGGGGUGGAGCUGGACCGGAUAUGGACGGACGGGUUGAACCAGGGCGGACGUCCCUCGAGUGGAGUGGCGUCUCGUCGCGCCUGGUUGGGCCCCGCCCCGUCGUGUCCUUCUCAAAGCCCGUCGCCUCUGUCUCGCUUCUCUCGCUCCGUAACGACCUGGCCGUGUCCGCGGCCCAUCACGACUCUACCAGCCGCACGCAGCCCGCAAGCCUAUCAUGAGGGGGAGGGCCCUUCCCUCCCAAGGGUUAGCCUAAUCAACAGAGACUUUGCCAAACCACUUUUAAAUGACUUUUUAUAUUGUGAUUAUUUAAUAUUUUAUCGAUCGACUCAGAAAACACUCGGAACGAUGAUCGUGUGAACCCGGCGGCCGCUGUAGAGUCUUCAUGGGCUAGCUGUUAGACGCUGAAGGUGAAUCUGGUUACUCUAAGCAAUAAACUGUCAUAUUCUCUGCUCAUAGUAUUUUAACAUAUAGUAUUGGUUUCCACUUCGUGUAUUUUUAAAAAAAAUCCAUAUGACCAUGUAAGGUGGACAAAAGCACUGGAUGUGUAACGUUAAGCAUUUGAAAUCGAGGGUUGUUGGUUAUGAAUUCAGACUGUAGCGUGGGGACACAGCUUGUUUGGGGUCAGGGAAGCUCUCCCAGCCUGUGACAUUUCAAUGGAGUGCCUAAAACGAUUGAGGUUAAGCCCCUUCUGCGUGUAGCCAAAUUGAGGGGUUCAAAGUGUCCAGUCUUCUCAGUGGUGCUCUAUGGUCCUUGCAUAUAUGGUGGCCUUUAAGGGACAUGCAGAGAAACGUGGCUCUCUCUCAGUCAGGGAGUACAGAACUCCUGAACUUCUAGAACCCUAAAAUGUCAGAAUAUUUCAGAAUCUGGUGUCAAAAACGUAAAGCAGAAAAGGAUCUGCGUUACGAGGCAAAUGAGGAGAGAGUAUCUUCUCUUCGCAUUGCAGCCUCCCGAAUUCGCUUCCCUGGUCUCCGUACAUGUGACACUGGGAAGGUUCCGGAAGAGCACCACUUAGUCUGCGAUGUAGCGGGUGUCUCCAUGACCUCCGUAACGGGGGCGAAGUCUGCGCGCGACCCCUUAUGCGGCGUCCCGCGGUGGCGCUAAUGGGAACGAGGUCCGGAGCCAGUUUCAAGUACUACAGCGCUGUACUAUGGACUACAUCCGCCAUUAGCCAUUAGCGUGGCUGCAGAAUGCCGCUUAAUGUUUGACAGCCUUGGCCUGCUGAACCCUGGGCAGCACAGCCACGGACGAGUUGCACACCUGGGUAUAGGAAUCCAGCUGAAAACCAUUAUGAGAGGUAGUCACGCAGGGCAGUGUGGUUUUCCACGGUUAACCUUUGCUCUGUGUGCCCUUCGCUAGCCAGUGCUUAAAAACACGAGGAAGAAAGCAUAACUCUUCUCUGAUUUUUAAUCAUCCAUUUUUUUCCUGAAAAAAAACAUGGUAAAACAUGGGUUUUCGGUAGUAGAUUUAGAAGCUGAAAGAUCACUGCAAAUGUUAAAAGUAUAUAAUUAUAGAGUAGCAGUCUUCAACAUUGGGUUUUUAUCAGUGAGUUAAAAUGAGUGGUAUUGGAUUGAAAAUGAAGUUUAAAAAAAAAAUAAAUAAAAAGGAAAAAAAAAAAUGAAAAAAGGAAAAAAAAAAUCUUGAACAUUUUUGUCCUCUGCAAAAAUGUACUCAGUGGAGCCAAUGUUUUUUGUGGAAUAUCUUUCAUCAGUUUUAAUGGCUAUCAAGUCUUUCUCCUGAUAGUUUUAGUUCUCUUUACGGGUUAAGUGGUCUCCCAUGUUGUUCGGCAGCGAUGCUGAAAUGGCUUUUAUUCUGUACGAUGGCUUGAUGUACCUUUCGGUGGCUAUGAAAUGGCAUCCGACGGCGGUUGCUGGAGGGCCGGUGGCAGGGGACGGUGGGGUGGGGCGGGGCUCGGGGCCAGCCGGGGGCCACACCUCUACGACGGCGUGAAACGCUGUGGUAACCUAGCGCCCUCGGGCUGCCCUCAGGGGACUGCUGCUGCGUACAUCUCGACCCCACCCCCACCCCCCCCGCCCAAGCACUGAUCCAGGAUCAGCUAACUCCCCCGACCCCCGUGUGCUUAAAGCAGAGAGCGGUCCGCUGUCGGUGCUUGGAGACACCCUCUAUGUGCACCGUGCUGGAUUAUAGGAGGGCAGCUUGGCCCCGCCUUCGGGCCCUGCUCUGUAACCUCGAUUGCCGUUAGGACACACCCCUCACAUUAAGUAACCUGUGCUAGGCCACUCCCCUCAUGUAAAUCAGCCUGUUAGGCCACACCCCCCUACAUAUACUGACCUGCAUUAGGACACGGCCCAUAUGUGUACUGACCUGUAUUGGACACACCCCAUAUGUAGCCAGCCUGCAUUUGCGUCGCACCUUUAAACUGACCUGCAUUGGAACACCGCCGUUUGUCCUCCCUUAAGUCACAACCGUGAAAUGUACAAAACUGUUGGGGGUAACUGCUGACUAAUCCCCGCUGUUUGAACACCUGUAACUGACCCUUAGCUUUGCCAGGACGUCCCGUACACACGCCUGUCUUCACUGGGACACUCCCCAGAUCGAAUCCCGCUCUCAUCACAACGCAGCCUGCUGACCUAUACCUUUUGGGGAUACGCCCUUACACGUUAUUGUCCUCUUAGGGCUUACCCUUGACUGCUCCAUGCCCUGGUCAAAACAUUAACCUUGUACCAUACCCGGUUCAGUGAGAUGCGCUCCAGGCCAGACAGGGAGAGGAGAGUCUCUCCCUCGGUCUGAGGCCUCGAAAGCAAUACGUUCACAUUCACACGAGUCGCACGGAAGCGGGCACGGCCGCCCCUUCCACCUCCCGUUGGGUUUUCUUUACCGUCUUUCCCAGAAGUAUCGAGGCGUAACGUCCACAGGAGCGCUGCUGCAUUCACAUGAGCAUGGGAGCACAGAUUCACCGCACCUCGGAAUCCGCCCUCCCCCCCCUCCCCCCACAACAACGUCCCUGGACUAAAUCAUUUAACAGGGCUCUGUAGGCACUUGUAUCUGUGUGAAAUCUGAGAAGUGGCUGACAAAUUCCUAUACUCAUUGAAUGUACUGUAUUACUGUUUUUAAAGAUAAUAGGACGAGCUAAUAAUAAUCUAGUCACCUUUUGUUAUUGGUCCUUGUUUAAUUUGUUUAAGGUAUUUUUUGUAUACAAAGGUUUACAUUUUUAUGUAUAUUUUCUUGUGUACAAAUGAUGUAAUAUCUGUAUAAACACUCUAUGUAAUAUCUGUAUAUAGCGUGACAAAAUUGAUCUCUGUUUUUGGAUGUAUAAAUAAAACUUGCUGUGAAGUA